UCCACGAGUAGCUCUCGAAUUUGAAUUAAAAACGAGCUUUGCGGGAGCAAGAGGCUAUUUUAAAGUUUAAAGGGGCACACCGCUGUUUAAAAUCCCCUAAGAAACUACAAUACCCAAAAAAUGUUCGGGUGAAGUUUGUGACUAAGGCAGUGAAGUGUUUAAUAGAAGUCAAUUAAGUCAAACUGUCGUAAUUAUUAUAGUGACCACCAAGAUGGAAACUGAUUAUCAAAAAAUGUAUAAUAAUCUCACUGUGCUGUUACAGGAUAUUUGCCAGUUUUUAAACAGCGACAAAUUGGGAUCUUUGAGUCACAGAGAUAAGAAAAUUGUGGAGUCCCUCAUCACGAGAUCAAAAGUGCAAUUGCAAGAAAUUUCGAAAAUUCAGACGAUUUCGGUAUGUGAGGAGUAUGUCGACAUGGAUUCAAAAAAAGUUUUAGUAUCGGAGGAUGAUGAAGAAAAACUUGAUAUUUAUUCUUCUGUAGAUGAUGUUAAUAAAAAUGUGGAGAUUACUGUACAAGAUGAACCAUCAUGUCCAUACGACGAUCUUCCUGCCCGAGAAGCUUCGCAAAUCGUGAAAUAUGGUUUCAUGUACAUGAGAAGAAGAUUUUUACUGGGUUUUGAAAAAAUGAAACGGGUAUACGGAGCUGUACAUAACAAAUGGCUACUCAUAUACUACACGGAAAAAGAUUUAAAGCCAAUUUGUACAUUUAAUUUGAAAAACUAUGAGGCCAAAGAAACUGAUGGAUCCAAGAGUACUAACUUUGAACUGAUGAGUACACUAUACAGCAAAGUAUAUUAUUUCAUGGCAUUAACCCCUAAAGACAUGUUGCAAUGGGUAGUUAAUAUCAACAGAUGUCAUGAUAAUGUCGUAAUACAAAGCAAAGAGUUUGAUUUGGAAAAAAAUAAUGUUUCUCUAGAAGAAGACAUUGGAGAACAUUACGAUACUGUCAUACCCGCUUCUGAGAACCAUAAUGAAGAAUUAGAAGACGAAGAAGAUGACAUUUACCUUGAACUAGACGACAUAAUGAAGCCUUCUCAAAAUAAUAAUAAGACGUCUCAAAAAACUACAGAUUAUGAUCCUAACAUUGGACCGCCUUUGCCGAGAAGAAGACCACAAAAAGACGAACCGGUUCCAGUUUCGUCACCAUUAAUAAACCGGUUGAAUUCCUCUGAAGAGUCACUGGCUUCCUAUGAUGACAUAAAAGAACUUGCAAAGGCACCUGAACAAAGCUCAGAAGACGAUGAAGACGCUACAUACGAAGCAUUCGUCCACGUUAAACAUAGAAUCACUAAAAUGUCCAAUCCACUUCCAGAAGAAAAUAAGGAAGAAAUGAAUGAAACGACCGAACACUCCGAAACUAAUAACACUACGAUAAUAAAACGUGGAGUUACCGAGUCCAAGAAUGAAACCACUGUUGUUAGUAUAAAGGACAAAAUCGAAAAAUAUCAAACUUCAACUGCCAAGGAGGAUGUUAGUAUAGACUCGGAAGGAAUACCAAAGCUAAACAAAAGAAACGUUAAUUUGUUCUUUCAAGGAAGUAUUAAAAAAUCAAAUACUCCUCCCGAUGUGGAGUCAAAAAAUGACGUAAAUAGAGUAAACAUUAAAAGUUGCGAUAAUGUAGCUUCCGAAUCAAAAAUUAUUGUUAAAGGUGCUAUUGGACUUAAUCCCCCAGUGAUAAAAAAAGUACCGACAGUGCCACUGAAACCUAAAGUCAGAGACAGACCCUCCAUUGGCAAAAGACCACCCUUUAGUAGUUUUAAACAAAUAACUGGUGAUCGUUAGACAUACUACAGAAUGUAUUCAAAAGGUUAUCAUAACCAGCUAGUCCAUAUAUGUUAAAAAACGUAUGUUGUUACCAAGUGACAACAAAUAUACUACGGAAUAGCAUAUGCAAAGCAUUUAAAAAAUGAAUUUUUCAUACAGUGUGACGCAUUUUCUAAAUACUUUAAUAUUUGAAAACGCUUUCCAUAAAACUAUUUAUUUGUAUUGUAUUAAAUAUUGGAGACCUUUUUUUUUUGUAUAAAAAAUUCAAUAGUAUUAAAUAAAAUAAUUAAAUAUAUUUAUAUCUAGUGAAAAAAUACGUCUGCUGUCAAACAGUCUUUCACUGUCAACCUGGUAUAAAAAGUAGAUAUGACUUUAUAUUCCUCUUUGUCUCCGUAAUAAACGCAUGUGCCUAAAAGUGCUAUUAAAUAUAGGUAUUAUUUAUCAAUAUAUAAAUAAAUAAAUAUUUUUAUAC